AUGGGCGACAGUGUGUAUCCUCUACCAGAUCUUCCGUGCAGUCUGCCGACAAUCACUAUCCCGGAGUUCAUAGAUCUCGAUGCUGUAGCAAACUACUUCAGUUCAUCUUUUGAGGUUCUGAGUGAAAGUCAUUUCCUGCAGGAUGCAAUAUGGCGCGACACUUUUGUCAUGACUGGCACUUUGCGGACGUUUUACUCUGCGAAAUCAAUAGCAGCAGCGUGGAAGGACACCUCAGCAAUCCACAAGCCAGCCUCGUUCGCCUUUCAGGGCAAACCUCAUGUUAUCAGAGCGGGAGAUGCUUCGUGGGUGGAAAUGAGGUUCACGUUUGAGACUUUUGGUGUGCCGGCCAUGACAGCAGACGGGAUUCUUUCAGUCGCUCCAGAUAAGGAUGGCAUCUGGAAAAUCUGGUUGAUGCGCACCAUCAUCGGGCAGCUCAAGGGCCAGCCUAGCGUCGACAAGCUUGAUGCUCUAGCUACGUCGAAUGGUGAGAAGCUGUUAAACGGCAGCAGCGACCAUUCGAACGGCGAAACCACAAAUGGGACAGUUACGAAUGGCACGGUCCAAAACGGAACAUCCACACCCAGCCAACACGUGGAUUUCCAAUGCGUCGUCAUAGGUGGCGGCCAGGCUGGCUUGUCCGUUGGUGGCCGGCUGAAAGCACUGGGGGUUUCUUACGUGGUCAUGGACAAACACGACGAGGUGGGAGACAGCUGGGCGAAGAGAUACGAUUCCACAAGAUUGCACACGGUCCGAGAGUUCGCUCACCUGCCGUUUGAAAGAACUUUUCCAGCAACAUAUCAAGAGUUCCUUACAAAGGAUGACCUGGCGAAAGGGUUUCGUGAAUGGGCAGCGAAAUUUGACAUAAAUAUCUGGACCAGCACCACCGUGGAGUCGGGUUCGUGGGUCUCAGAGCAUGAUACCUGGGAGCUGAAGAUUAGGCGCGACGGUGACCAACAAACUGUCACUUGCUCCUAUAUCGUUCUCGCGGUAGGCGCAAAUUCAAGAUUCCCUGUCGCCCCGACAUAUGAGAACCGAGAGGCGUUCCGUGGCCUUGUUCAGCAUUCGGGUGAAUACACGAAUCCCAAAGCCUGGGUUGGAAAGCACGGCAUAGUGGUGGGAAGCGGGAAUACAGCCCACGAUGUCGCUGAUGACAUGUAUAGUAACGGCAUGGCUUCAGUGACGAUGGUCCAGAGAAAUCCAACAUUUGUCAUACCCAUCGAACUGUAUCGAGAGACUCAUGAUAGGCUCUACAACGCGAACACACCGACCGAGCUAGCCGACAUGAUGUUCUUUACAGGCCCGGCCGUCAUGACUCGCCUGAUGGCCGGAAAGAUGCUGCACGCUAAGAUUCGUCAGCAUCCUGAACGAUUUGACGCUUUGGAAAAGGCCGGUUUCCUGCUUGAUCGUUACGCAGACAUGGGAUACGUUAUCUAUGUCCGUCAAGGCGGCCAUUAUAUGGAUGUUGGGACAUCAGGAAAAAUUGCAGCAGGCCUGAUCAAGAUGAAAACUGAUUCUCUCCCUGUCCGUUGGGUUGAAGACGGCCUGGUGUGCGCCAAUGGUGAUCAUCUGAAAGCGGAUGUUGUCGUGUUCUCCACGGGGUUUGUCGGGAACAUGAGACUCCUCGUCGCCGAACUCCUGGGCAACGACGUCGCUGCUCAAGUAGAGGACUACUGGGGUCUCAAUGAAGAAGGAGAACUUCGCGGUGCUUUCAAGCCGUCGGGUCAUCCUGGUUUCUGGUACACCGGUGGAGCGAUCGGCCAGGCGAGGUACAUGUCUCGUUUUAUUGCUCUGCAAAUCAAAGCAAAAUGCUUGGGCACUCCACUCCCAAUCUACCAGAAAACACCUCCUCGAAAUUCCAGCAUAGCAGUAAAGAAGGUAUUGUGA